AUGGCAUCCUCGGCAUCCUCCGCCGCGUCUAGCGUCUUCUCAAGCGGCACCUCCCUGGCGCGCGAAUCCCCCGCCCAUGCCGCCGCGACGGCCUACGCGACCUACGAAUCUGCGCGCUCCUUCUCGUACGCGAGUGUCUUGUUGAUUGCCGUCACGGGUAUCGUCACUGCCGUAGCCAUCGUCGCCGCGAGCGUCUAUUUCAGCGGCUACGGCGAUGAUGUGGCGGCCUGGUGGGCCAAGCGGUAUUACAAGGCCAAGGCGAUCGCCGAGGUCAAGGUGCUGGAGAAUGUCGGGGCCGAGAAGGUCCAGGGGGUGGUGAAGGACUCGUUGAAGAAAAAUCCCGUCAUGGGCGAGGACGAGCUCGAGCUGGUCUCUGGUGGGUUGGGCAAGGAAGCGGUUCAGCAGGGCAUAGGUGGUGUUAGCGAUAAGCUAGGCGGUUUGGGAAAGUUGUGA